AUGGCGCCAAUCACUUCGUCGGUGCACCACCAUCGGAGCACAACGAAGACAACUCACAAGUCAUUCAAGAGCAAGCACGCGACGAAAAGUGCGCUGAAAGAACGGACUAGAGGAAAAAUCGAGACCCAGGAGCGAGGAGUUCGAAAGACCCCCCAUCAACAACUAAUGUCGAAGCUCGACCGCAAAAACCAAGCUCGCCAGAAACAACAACUUAAACACCAGGAGAAAUCCCACGCUACCAGCAUCUUUUCCGGCCAGAAUGGAGCACCUCGUCAAGUCGCCAUUGUUCCUCUUGCGGAUAACAUCGACGUCUCUGAUGUGAUCCGAUCCUUGAACGCAAGUGUUGAUGUCCCAAAAGAUGUUUCCGUUGAUCGCCAAACACGUGUACGGAUUGACCGAUUCAAGCAAAAUAUCAUGUACGUUCCAGCGAGGUAUGAUUUGCUACAUGCUUUGGAUGUUUGUCGCGUGGCAGAUUUUGUGGUUUUGGUUCUUCCAACCGACGUGGAGGUGGCAGAGGAAGGAGAAAUACUUUUACGAUCAAUCGAAAGCCAGGGCAUCUCCAACGUUCUAGUUACCGCACAAGGGCUGGACCAGGUGAGCCCGCCCAAGAAACGGCCACAGGUCGUUUCUUCCCUCAAAUCAUACAUAAACCACUUCUUCCCGACAAUCGAAAAGGUCCUUUCUCUCGAUUCUCGACAAGAAUGCUCCAAUGUGGUCCGAAGUCUUUGCACAGCAACGCCAAAGGGAAUUCGGUGGAGAGAUGACAGGAGCUGGAUGCUGAUUCAGGAUAUUAAUUGGCCUGAUAUUCAAGGGAAUGCAAUUGACGAUGUGGUGAUCACCGGUGUUGUACGGGGAAAAGGAUUGAAGGCAGACCGAAUUGUGCAUAUACCCGGCUGGGGGGAUUUUCAGAUCGGUUCAAUAACAGCAGCACCGCUCCCAAACACGAAGAAUAAGAAAGAAGACUCAAUGAAUAUUGAUGAAACAGAUGUCUCCCAAAUUCUGGAUCAGCCAACGGAUGACCGUGAUGACAUGGCAGUUAUCGCACCAGAAGAGAUCGAGAUGGACGAUGACAUGUUAUCAAAUCCUGAUACAGAGAGGCGAGGUGUCUUGCUCGAUGAUCACCACUACUUUUCCGAUGACGAAUCGCACAUGCCGGCUCGUCCCAAAAGGCUUCCAAAAGGGACAUCCGAAUACCAGGCUGCCUGGUUCCUUGAAGACGACUCUGACUCUGGGUCUGACAUGGUUGACAUGGAAGAUGAAGAUGAAGAUAUGGAAAUCGAUGGGUCUGAGGGCCGUCCGGAGGAUGGUGUAUUCCCAGACCAUGUUGAUGCCAUGACUGAAGGCGGGCCAUCGGAGUAUCCUCAGUCAGAAAUGUUCUUAGACCCAUCUCCCGAAGAUGAAGCGGACCAGUUAGAGAACUAUCGUGCUAGUCGACGGAAGGAAGAAGAGGAUGACCUCGAGUUUCCUGACGAGAUUGAACUGCACCCUAAUGUUCUCGCUAGGGAGCGAUUACAGAAGUACCGUGGCUUAAAGAGUCUUAAAACUAGUCGAUGGGAAACCUCAGAAGACCGGCCUUUCGAACCUGAAGAUUGGCGGCGACUGUUGCAGUUUCAUGAUUACAAGGGUCUCAAGAAUAAACUUGUUCGAGAGGCUCUUGUGGGCGGCGUGGUGCCAGGUACUCGUGUGAACGUCCAUCUGAAGGCCGUCCCAUCUGUCCUUCGCAACAGGCCAUUGCCUGUGGCAUUAUACUCGCUUCUUCGCCAUGAACAUAAACAUACAGUCAUAAAUAUCAACAUGACCCUGAACUCUUCAGUCGAAAAGCCAAUCAAAUCAAAGGAGGAAGUUAUCAUUCAGUGUGGUCCACGCCGCCUUGUGGUCAAUCCAAUCUUCUCCGGUGCCGGUAAUACACCGAAUAAUGUACACAAAUUUGACCGAUUCCUUCAUCCAGGUCGCAACGCGAUUGCCAGUUUCAUUGGACCCGUUACCUGGGGAGCUGUUCCAGUUCUUGUUUUCAAAAACCAGACCGUUAACGACCCAGAAGUGCUAGACUCUGCUGAUGGCAACACUGAGUCUGAAAAGACACUGAAGCGCUUGGAACUGAUUGCAACAGGCACAGUUGUUGCUCCUGACUACUCUCGAGUGGUCGCUAAGCGAGCUAUCCUGACCGGCCAUCCUUACAAGAUUCACAAGAAAGUGGUCACAGUGCGCUACAUGUUCUUCAAUAAUGAGGACGUUCAGUGGUUCAAGGCCCUUCAACUUUGGACCAGGCGUGGCCGCAGUGGCUUCAUCAAAGAGAGCCUGGGAACUCACGGAUACUUCAAAGCAACCUUUGAUGCGAAGAUUAAUCCACAAGAUUCAGUCGGCAUCAGUCUGUAUAAAAGGGUUUUUCCCCGCAGAGCUCGGGCUUUUGAGGAGUUGGCAUAA